GGUACCGGGAGCGGAUGAAAGAUGGCGGAGGGCGGCUGCGGCAGAGAGGCGGGCGAGGAGGGGCCGAGGGCGGUGGGGCCGCGGCCCCCGAGCGCGCGGGACUUGCAGUUGGCCUUGGCAGAAUUAUAUGAAGAUGAAGUGAAAUGCAAAGCUUCCAAACCUGAUAGACCUCACGCUACAGCCUUUAAAAGCCCACGGACACCACCUCAAAGGUUCUAUUCAAGUGAACAUGAAUGCAGUGGAUUACAUAUAGUUCGACCUUCAACUGGGAAAAUUGUGAAUGAACUUUUCAAAGAGGCAAGGGAACAUGGGGCUGUCCCUCUGAAUGAAGCCACAAGAGCUUCGGGUGAUGACAAAUCUAAGUCUUUUACAGGUGGAGGAUACAGAUUGGGUAAUUCCUUUUGUAAGCGGUCUGAAUACAUCUAUGGAGAAAAUCAGUUGCAAGAUGUUCAGAUUUUGCUUAAACUGUGGAGCAAUGGUUUCAGCUUAGACGAUGGAGAAUUGAGACCUUACAGUGACCCAACAAAUGCUCAGUUUCUGGAGUCCGUUAAGAGAGGAGAGAUUCCCCUGGAGCUUCAGCGACUGGUUCACAGAGGCCACGUGAAUCUGGAUAUGGAGGAUCAUCAGGAUCAAGAAUACAUAAAACCUAGAUUGAGGUUCAAGGCGUUUAGUGGAGAAGGACAAAAACUUGGAAGACAGGAGAAGCAAACAGAACUUUCUAGAGAAAACACCUCCUGUGCCCCAUCAGUUGCUCAGAGCCUGUGGAGCUGGGGCCCAGAGCUAGAACACCCCAUCAUGACUGCACUGGGAGAGUCAGAUGCCUCCAGGACCUUGGGGACCGGAAGAGCUGCAUCAUCUCCACGCCACGGUCUUAACUUUCACCAUACAAGACAGUCACUGCCUGUCGGGCACACUGUGCAUCCAAAAGGUCCCGUUUGCCGUUUGCCCCGAGUCCGGCCACUACACCUGAGGUGUGCCUUCGCCUUGGCCCCUGGACCCUGGAGGGCCCUCUUCUCUAACGUCUCAGAGCCCCUUCCUUCCUGCCUCUGCUUCAUUCUCUGACCAGCGGUUCUGCAGCCCCUGGCCUGACUGCACAGCCACUAGAUCUGUCUGCCCUGUGCAGUCAGUGCUUCUGGGGAAUGCCCGCACACCCGUGCUGGGCAGGCGGGCUGCCCCUCUCCCGCCCCCGGCGGCUGAGCCCGGACGUUCCCGGCUUUCCCACAGCACCCGUUCUACCCCUGCCCCUCACUCGCAGCAGCUCUGCUGGCAAAACAGAGCCUGACAAGAGUUAGCUUUCUUAAUACAUUCCUCUUAGCCUCUGAGUUUAUUACAUCCACCCUCACCACCCUCUUUUAAGUCUGAAGAAGACGGGUCUGAGGGAAUCACUCCGCUUACAAGCUACAUCCUUUCCUCCAGUUUGCCUAGAAAGCUUGUUUUAUCAAUUAACUUUCUUCUUCUCCUUUUUAAAAAAUUUUUCUUUUUAAUGUUAACUCUUGAAACAUACAUACAAUAUAUUAAAAAUGUCACUAUGGCUUGAUAAACUGAACGAUGAGGAGAAGGUUUGAAAUAACAUGCAGCCGUGACUUUGAGAGCUAAAUGUUAAAAGUUAAUAUGACUUCUAUUUUUCAUUAUUCCAAAUUUUUUUUUAUUUCAAAUUCAUUGAAAGAAAUAAAAUUAUAUUUAAAAAAAAUGGAGUGAUCUCACAAACUGAGGAAAGCCAGGGACAAAAAGAACAGGUUAAGUACUUUUUCCUGAGAGGCAGAUCUCACAGCUAUAGAAUGGUCUUUCUUCCUUCCUAGCUUUUGUCAUCACACUAACCAGCUUGUUCACUGCCUGUCUCUGUGACUCUGAGGGUAUCUUUCGAUCUCUGUGACUCAGUUUUCCUUUCCUAUAAAAUGAUGUGGUUGGCCUUAAUUAUCUCGAAAGGCCAUUCCAGCCCUUGGGCACAAAGAGGUUAAGUGACUUGCCCAGAGUCACACACACGUCUAAUAAGUGGCAGUCAAUCCCAGAGUCAGGGCCCUGCAUCCGUGCUGUGGCCCACUAAGCAACAGCGCCUCCCUCACUCCAGGAUCUAAACGAAAUAGCAAAUGCUGCAGAGGCUGUGCUGGUGGUGGUAUGACAGUGUGUAGACCUGGUUGUAAGGAUGCAAAGGGAGAGGGAAGAGGCCCUUUGUGCUCACUGGCUCCCGUCCCCUCCUUGGGUUUUGUCCCCCUCCCUGUGUAAGGGACACUGGACUGUUGCAGAGUAACCCACCUUGGCGGUGCAGCUGUUUCAGUCCUCAAUUCCAGACUUGAAAGGAGAGUCCUUAAUACUACCUGAACAGUGACUGCAGAUCAUCGUUUUCUCCUCUUCCACUUCUUUAUCAUAUACAUUCUGAAAUUAGUUCUAAAAUAUGUGUCAGGAAGUAGCUAAGGAAGGGCGAAGUGUUAGCAGUAAGCACCAGUUGAUUUUCCCACUUUGCCAGAUAUGCUGAGAAAGUCUUUGGGUGGGAAUUGGAGUCAUGAUGAGCUAGGUUUACACUAGACUAAAGCACAAACGCUCUUAGGACUUUUAUACUAAUAAAUAUAUAUUUAUUUUAUUUUUUUCAAAAGACAGUCAUUUAUAGGGAGCCAUCAAAGUCCCAGUAUUUGAGGGAAUCAACAUCAAGACUAUCAAAGAAUCCCGCAGGAUGACUGAAAGAGGAUUAAGAUUUGAUGUCUAUGAAGAAUUUCUAAAUUUCUUUUUAAUUUGUUUUAAUUUCUUAAUCAAAAGAGCACUCUGUUUUUGAGAUUCGCUUUCGGCUCACAAUGAUGGGUCAUCCUGCUAGUGUUAGAAGGCACUGUGGUCGCUAGUAACCAAGGUCCAGUGGUAAGAGAUUGUGUCACACAAGGUUCCCUAUAAAUUCAUCCCCAUAUAUUAAAUUUCAUUUCUCACUCACACUUAGGAGCUACUCUUUUGUAAAGCAGUAACUACUUAAAGCAGAUUUUUAAAGUAAUGUCAACUAAGUUUAAGUUAAUAGCUUAGUGCUGACGAUAUGUACAACUAUAGCUGAUACCUCUUGUUCCAAGCACUAUAUGAAGGACUUACUAUAACAGACCUCCAUGACAUAUUUACUAUUUCCCCCCCAUUUUAUAAAUGCUAGAACUGGGAUUCAGAGAGAUUACUUUAGGUACUCGAGUUCACACAGUUGACAAAGCUGGGACCUGAAGCCACGUCUGCCGGUGCUCACGGUCAGUCCUGGACGUUAACUCCAAGUUGCUCAGGCCUCUGACUGAGGACCACUGUGCUGGACAGUCUCACGGAGUUUCAGAGGGGCUGGGGAGGAAGGGAUCCAGAGUCAGGCUUUCGAAAGAGGCUGUGGGUGAGCUAAAUCAGAGUCACAGGACCCAGGUAAUUGAGUACAAUGAAAGAAGGUGGACGAAGAGUAGGAGACCCCGAGGAGGCCGUGUCCUCGCUGGGGCAGAAGCCAUGGCGGGGGACGGGAGGUCAGCCGAAAGUCCAAGUGGCUGUUCUACUGUCUUCAGGUUGUCGCGCAUCGUACGUAUUCAGAUUCGCAUCCUGAUGCUUUAGUUCUUCUUUCUUAGCCUCACACCCGAAAUAGUCAGUACGCCUUCCUCCCCAGAAGAAGAGGAGAAGUCACUACUUAAUGCAGUUGUUCCUAUUGAUGAUUCCGUGCCAACGACCAAAAUUCAGA